AUAUGUGAUGUCAUUUUUACAUAUACAUUGAUACCACAUGUGUGAUUGGCUGAACCACCUCGUAGUGCUUUACUUAAUACACUGUUUGUAUGUGAUUUGUGUUUUCACUCAUUUGACAACACAUUCAUUGAUUUGUCGAUCAAUUGAUUGAUCCGUAAAUACAUUGGACACUGACAUUGAUGACAACAACGAUGGCCAACGCGGCGGUCACUUUGCGACGAAACCGAAAGGGCUGUACGAGCGAAGAGUUUUAUCUUUGGGCGGAUGAGCCGUUUGAAGAGAUGGACUCAACCAUUGCUGUCCAACAGUUCAUUCAGCAAACUAUACGCAAAGAUCCGGCAAAUAUCGAUGAAAUACUGAUGGCUCCCGAAGGUCAAGAAGAGGGCGGUUGGAAGUAUGAACACUUACGACAAUUCUGUCUCGAACUGAAUCGGUUGGCCGUCAAACUACAGGCCGAGUGUUCGCCGCAAACGUGUACACAGAUGACGGCCACCGAACAGUGGAUCUUCUUAUGCGCCGCACAUAAGACACCGAAAGAGUGUCCGGCUAUUGACUACACCCGACACACGCUGGACGGCGCCGCCUGUCUUCUCAACUCAAACAAGUACUUCCCUUCCAGAGUGACUAUCAAAGAGUCGUCUGUAGCCAAACUCGGAUCAGUUUGUCGUCGAGUGUACCGUAUCUUCAGUCACGCCUACUUCCAUCACAAAUCACUUUUCGAUGAGUUCGAGAACCAGUCCUUCCUUUGCAAACGAUUUACUGUUUUUGUUACUAAAUAUAAUCUCAUGUCUAAAGACAACCUCAUUGUCCCGAUUCCUGGUCUCGACAACACUACUACUACUACUACUACUACCACUACUACUGUAACCACCGGUGAGACAGAGGCUUAACACCAGUUACUUAAUCCAUAUUUUGAUUUGAGUUUUAUUCUUAAAUUUAUCAACUUUUAUAUGCUUUCAAAAUAUAUUAAUAUUUAAUAUUAUUUAUCUAUAAAUUACUGUAAUUUUCAAUUGUAA